UCACCCUGCUGGCAAGGAGCCACUGAGAUCACCUCAGGUGACCAUGCUUAACGGGGAGACAAGUUCCUCCUCAGCCAGGAAUGUGGUCCGGAGCUCCAGCAUCAGUGGAGAGAUGUACAACAUUGAGAAGAGUAACGCAGGCAACCCGGAUUCAGCUAGCCUCUCAUCCAAUAAGAAGCGGCGAUCCAGCCUGGGGGCAAAGAUGGUGGCUAUCGUGGGGCUGUCCCAAUGGAGCAAGAGUACGAUGCAGGUCAACCAUCCUGAUGGUGGGCCAAAAAAGCUUCGUAGUAACAUCCGCAGAAGUACGGAGACUGGCAUUGCUGUGGAGAUGAGGAACAGGGUCACUCGGCAAGGCAGUCAGGAGUCAACUGAUGGAAGCACCAAUAGUAACAGCUCCGAUGGCACGUUUAUUUUCCCCACAACCAGGCUGGGAGCUGAAAGCCAGUUCAGCGACUUCCUAGAUGGGCUGGGGCCAGCGCAAAUCGUAGGACGGCAGACGCUUGCUACUCCGCCAAUGGGUGAUGUCCACAUUGGAAUGGUUGACAGGAAUGGACAGCUGGAGGUAGAAGUAAUAGAGGCCCGGGGACUCAGUCCAAAGCUAGGAUCCAAGUCCAUUCCUGCCACCUACAUCAAGGUUUAUCUGCUAGAAAAUGGCGCUUGCUUGGCCAAGAAGAAAACAAAGACUGCCAAAAAGACCUGUGACCCGCUCUACCAGCAGGCCCUACUCUUUGACGAGGGCCCUCAGGGAAAAGUGCUACAGGUGAUUGUUUGGGGAGAUUAUGGGCGCAUGGACCAUAAGUGCUUCAUGGGAAUGGCCCAGAUUGUUCUAGAAGAGCUGGACCUGUCCAGUGUGGUGACCGGUUGGUACAAGCUCUUUCCCACCUCCUCGCUGGCGGACUCCACCAUCGGACCCCUUACGCGACGUCUCUCCCAGUCCUCUCUAGAGAGUUCAAUAAGCCCUUCUUGCCCUUAAGGAUGGACUGGGAGGAAAGGAGAAAAGCAAAGGAGGAGACACCCUGCUCUGCCACAAAUUUGGUAGCAUGGUUUGUAAAUGUCCCAUGUCUUUCCCUCCCAUCACCCUUCCUUCUACUUCUUCACAGAGGGAAGACUGUUACCAACGAUUUUAGGCGUUCCCUCACUCACCCUACAGGUAUGCGAUUAUAGGAAGAGAUAAUUCCAGAAUGUGGUGGGGGAGGAAUUAAAAGGAGAUGGGGGGGAGGAGGAGGAAAGGAACAUGUGAUAAAAGACAAGUCAUGUGACUGGCUCUCCAUUUUCAAGACUGUUGCAUCACUUUCAAAGAAAUUGCCUUUGAAAAGGAGUCACCCAUUUCUCACAUCUCUAAUGCAUUUUGGGGGACACA